AGUUACAAAACAUUUCUAGCAUGUGGCGCGAAUGAACGUCUCCUAGUGUUUAAGUUAUUAUGAAAGCGACCAGCCGGAAGGUUUGAGUUUAUCACCUUCUUACAGUUCUGUUGAAGAAACACUUCAUACGUGUCGUUAUAAGUUCAUUAAUAUGUCGACAAGACGAACAAAACGCGAAGCCGUUGUGAAGCUGCAGCAAUUGGAACUGACCCCUGUGGAUGUGGAGGGAGCAGUUCGACGAUCAUCACGAACCGUCCUGGUACCUAAACGCCUCAAGUACUCUCCUGAAAGCAGCAUUGUUGAAACGCCAAAUAAAAAAAGGAAAACAAAAACGCACAAAAACAGCCAGAAUAACAGAAAGGACAUCAAAGAGGAGGACUCGGAUGUUGAAAAUAGUGAUGUGGAGCACACGUCUAGUGGACAGGGAGGACUUUCGGCAUAUGAACUGGAGCGCCUGGAGAACAUCAGACAGAACCAAGCGUUCUUGUCCUCCAUCAACUUAUACCAGGCCACUGAGGAGUUGAAACAGUUGACACGGCCAAAGCCAUCGCAGAGGGGACUCAUGAGGUCACAGGCUGCUGUAAAAGAAGUGCUGCCUGCUCGCAAAUCCCUACGUCUCCAAAAGAAAGAAGCAGAAAUCUUGACUCUUCCCCCUGAACCCAGUGGGACGGUGAUCUAUGAACAGUCUUCGCGACUGAAGAAGCCUCCUGGCCCUCUGCCCAUGGAUCCAAUCAACAUGGAAGAGGGAAGCAAGCUGCCUUCACAACUUCUUGAGCUCUGCUCUGAGGAUUCAAGAGAAGAAAGAAAGAUGGAGCUUGAUCUGAAAGGGUACCACUCAGCCCUUAAGAACAUGAGGAUAACUGAAGACCGAGUGGCCAAAGUGGUGAAGGACCGCAUCUUCUCGGCUGCCUUCCACCCCUGCACCAGCAGCCUGUUGAUGGCUGCAGGAGACAAAUGGGGGAAAGUUGGACUCUGGAACUUGGGUGGUGAUUGGGACGAUGAUGGUGUGCUGCUCUUUGAGCCACAUACUCGUCCAGUGGGCUGCGUGGCAUUCUCCAGGGCUCAUCCCACCCACCUGCUGAGCCUCAGCUAUGACGGAUCUCUACGCUGCAUGGAUGUAGAGAAGGCUGUCUUUGAUGAUGUGUAUGACACUGAUGAUGGCCUGAAAACGUUUGACUUCAUGUCACAUGACUGUUCGACAUUAGUGGUUGGGAACUGGUACGGAGAAGUUGCCAUCGUUGAUCGGCGCACCCCAGGGAACUCUCAUGAGUCCCUCCACUCUUUGGACCCCAAGACUCUGCGUUGCGUUAGUGUCCACCCUUUACAGAAGCAGUACUUUGCUGUGGCCGAAAGCAAGGUAGUGAGUAUUUACGACAGUAGAUGCCUGAAGAAGACCAAAACCCAGACGGUCUCCCAGCUACAUGGCCACUCGUUAAGCAUAUCCAGCGCUUAUUUCUCCCCUUGUACAGGAAACAGAGUUCUCACUUCCUGUAUGGAUAACCACAUAAGGAUAUAUGACACAUCUGCAAUGACUACUAAAUCUCCCUUGCUGACAUCCGUCAGACAUGACAUGCACACGGGCCGCUGGCUGACCAAACUAUCAGCAGUGUGGGAUCCCAAACGGGAAGAUUGCUUUGUGGUGGGGAGCAUGUCGAGGCCUCGGAGAGUGGAGGUGUUCCAUGAAAAUGGCCAGCCACAGCACUCCUUCAUGGAUGGCGAGAACCUUAACACAGUACUGUCCGUCACAGCUUUCCACCCGACAAGGAAUGCCUUACUGGGCGGCAAUGCAUCAGGGCGCCUGCAUGUCUUCUCCAACUGAGAUAAAGACAAAAAUGUGUGAGACCGAGACCCCCCUGGUUGCUUUCUGUUGGAUAGUAAGAACAAGUAAGAAAACUGUUUUGUCACAGUACAGGUGGAGAACUUGUACAAUAUAGAUGGAUAUCUCACUGCUGGCAACUGCUUGUUCUCCCCUUUGGAUCUCUUUUAUAUAUUGUCAUAAUUUUCAUACAAGUAACAUACCUGUAAUGAAACAUCAACUUUACACUGAUUAAGUCACUAGUCAAGUCCAGAAAUGUUACACUUACACGGACAGUAUGAACAUUCAUACAGUGUGAGGUAACACAGUAUCAAUAACAAAGUAUCAGAAUUUUCUUCAUCAAUAUUGACAACAAAAUACACAUUUAUUGCUACAUUGGGUAGGUAGUGUCAAAACAUAUCCUGGCCCAGAUGUGAUGCAUCCUACUCUUAUUGGAGAUGAAAUGAUAUCAGCCUCAGAAUGUGUUACAGUGUCUAUAAAAACCGUAUUUACACCAUCAGCUUUUUUCUGUUUUCCUACUACCUAAUAAUGUAUCGCAGGGUUUUCUGUUAUGACAAAGUGAAAACAAAUCUCUAAACAAAUUGAUUUACACUCAUUGGCCCCUCUAUUACGUACACCUUUCUGUUCAUGGGUAAGACACGAUGCAAUGUUUAUCCAAUCUCCUGACAGGAGUGGAACCCAGUAUGGUCUUCUGUUGAAGCACAGGUGUACCUAAUAAAGUGGCCACUGAGUAUACAACUGUACAUUAAGAACAAACGUACAUUUGUACUUAUUUUCCCCUCUGUAAAACACAACUUACAGUGAACUGUAUUCACCUUUUUUCAGCAUUAAGUCUAUUGUAUGUGAAUAGGGCUGCAUCAGCCUCGCACAAGGACACUGCACUCUUCCUCAAAUUUUGCUAAACUCGUCAAACUGUCAAGUUGUGUGGGGACUGAGAGAGAGCAGCAGUGUUCUGCCACAAGUAAUGGACUAUAUAGAGGUCUGGACUCCAGACCUUCUCCUCAUGUGCAGUGCCUGCUGUUCACCAAAUGCAGCAUUUCUUUUAUUAAAAUGCAGCUGAUCAGUUACUUUGUUUUUUACUUUAGAUCAGUUUGUGGAGACUUAGAAUAAUCGUAAAUAACCCUGUGCGAUCAAAAUAAAAAGAGAAAAUUCAAGCGUUUGAAAACAUUGUAGAGGCACUAUAGGUAGCAAAUGAUUGAAUGUGGCCGGCGAUACGUUUAUGUUGUUGACUCGGCUAUUUACUUCUCUGGUAUCACAUUUGUAAUUUGUUCUACUCAAAUGCUUAAUGAACCCAAGCAAUUUAAAAAAAGUGGGUUCCCUCUGCAUUGUUUGUUUGUGGCGCAGUUAAUUUGAAACAGCCAAACCGCUUGGUCAGUGAAAAGCACCUGUUUGUGUUUUUUCAUGUUUUUUUUAUUUGUGGCACCUGAAGCAAAUGGAAUAAAUGGAGACUUUUUAUACCAAA